AUGACAAAUGAACAUAGGAGAAGCGUGGCAUACAAGGGAAAGGGUUUCAUUUUAAAAAUAGCGAAUAAAGAAUACAUAGAAAAUAGCAUUAGAAAGAAGACAAAAAAUACAUUUAAUGAUAAGAGAAAAACCAUUUUUAAUAAAUACAACCCAGUUGUUCUACCAUUGUUAAGAAAUUAUAAAAAGAAAAAUAAUGAUCAGUCUGGAGAAAAAAAAAAAAAUAUAAAUGUAUUGAACGAAAGUGAAAUAAAUAGCUUUCUGCUAAGAAAUAAAGCAUUUCGAUUAACAUGGUCAUGUAUUAUUGAAAAAAUACAAAAAGAAAUAGAUAUUCAAAUAUCAAAAAAUUUAAGUAAUGUAUUUGAAGAGAUAUAUUUAUAUUCAAUUUCGAAUAGUGAAUAUCUCCCAUUAAUUUUGAUGACUGCAGGGACGAAUGUAGCAGAUCAUGAAAUCAUUAUUGAUGCAUUGUCAUACGAAAUUAAGAAAUGGAAUUACAAAAAAGGAUGUAUAAAAAAAGAUGAUAUCACGAGGAUCAGUUGUAAAAAUAAUGGUGACAGGAAUACAUUUGAACCAACAGAAUUGAACACCUUCCGUUCCUUCACAAAUGAACAAGACGAAGAAUGGGAGAUGAAAAAAAAAAUAAACAAUGGAAACACAAAUCAAGUGAGUCUUCAAGAUAAGAAAAAGAUGAAGCAGGAAAAUUCAUCUAUCCGUUAUUCUGAGACAUGUGAAGGGAGACAACAGAGGGAGAAAAAAAGACGCAAAAAUGUGGAUACUGAUAAAGUGGAUGUGAAACAAUUUGAACAUGACGAAAGUGGCAAAAAUGACAAAAAUGACAAAAAUGACGAAUGUGACAAAAAUGACAAAAAUGACGAAUGUGACAAAAAUGACGAAAGUGAUAAAAGUGACAAAAAUGACGAAAGUGAUGAAAGUGACAAAAAUGACGAAAGUGGCGAAAGUGGCGAAAGUGGCGAAAGUGACGAAAAUGACGUGUAUGUGUGUUCUCUAAAUUCCAGCACAUCAAAUAAUGUAAAUUCAGCGAUAUAUAACAUAUACAAUCAGUUAUAUAAGGAAUACAAAAUGAGGCUUUUUGUAGCAAAAUAUAAAAGGAAGAGAGAAAAAUUUGGGGAAAAUUAUAUGAAUGAUAUACGAGUGAGUCCAAGAAGAAUGGGAUGCGUGGAUUCUAAUACAAGUGUGAGAGAUGAAAAGAGAAGAGAUACAUCAUCUUGUCCAUUCAUUCCAAACGGAGAGAUGCAGAAUAAUUAUUAUAAAGCAAACAAGAAUAUGGUGAAUAUAGAUAAACUUAUCGAAUUGUAUAUACAGAUGAGUGAAAUAAAUAAGAAAAGAGAUGGGAACAAAACAUAUAAAAAAAGGGAUACACGAUCAAUGGAUAUGUCAGAGAUAUAUAAUGCAAUGAAAGAAGGAAAUUGCAAUUUAUUGGAAUCUUAUGGAGAAAUGGAAUUAUAUAAUAAACAAUAUGAUUAUUUUGAAGAUGGUAGAAAAAAAGUGAGAGUAAUAAUUCUUAUACACGAUUGUGAAUAUUUCAAUAUAAAUAUACUGAAUGGAAUUUUAAAUGUGUUAAUAAAUUUAAGGAUAGACAAUAAAAUGUGCCUUAGUGUUAUACUAGGUGUAUCUACACCAUCUUUCUUUUUUAAUAGAAUAACAACCCCUGAUACACAAAGUAAAUUAAGAAUUAAAACUAUUGACAUAUUGAAUAAUAAGCUAAUUUGUGAAAAUAUUUGUAAUGAUUUAUUAUUUGAAAAUGUUUUACCCUUUAUUCUCAAUUUCAGAACUAUGCAUGCCAUAAAAUUGUUAUUACAUAAAAACAAUCAAUCUAUUAGUCAUUUAAUUCACAUUCUCUACAUUUUGACAAAGGAGUAUUAUGAUAAUAACUUGUUAUCAUUUUUGUCUCUACCCAUAAGUUAUUACUUCGAUAUGCAUAUUCAGCAGGGAGGGGAAGGGACCUCUCAUUAUGCAUAUCACUCCAGUUGUGCUGAUUACGGCUAUGAUUUUAGCAAGGAUGGUAGAAGCACACCUGAACCUGAAUAUUCUCCUUACACUUUUGUGCGAUCAAAUCAAAAGUCAUUCAAUCACUAUUUAAAAUAUGAUAUUAGAUCUUUGCAUAGAAAGAUUAUAUAUCUGUGCUAUUCAGCUAAUAUUUACUUCUCCCAUUUAUCUAUUUUAAAGAAAAAAUAUUCUUCUAUUCUUUCACAAAAUUAUUUUUUGCUUCACGGGAAAAAUUCCAUAGUGCACACACCAACAAAUUCAGAUAAUGAGAUGGAGCAAUUUACUCUCAAGAGGAAAAACCAUAGAAAUUCUUCUAACUCAAAUGUGAAGAGAAAAACUGUACGCAUUGAUGGUGUCACCAACAGUGGCUUCUUAUUGGAAGGGAAUGGAAAUACGCAAAAUGUGUAUGAACAACCAUUGCACAACUUCUCAAGUAAUCAUAAUACUGAUGUGAUAAGCAGCAAAUGUGAAGAAAAUGAAAAAACAAAGUGGGAAAACGAAGAUAUAAAUGGGUCUGCAAUCUGCAUGGAUAGUAACAGGUCUGGAAUCCACGGAAAUUCAAACAUUAAUGAAAAAACAUCAUUUGAUAGAAACCGUUAUGCUUGGGAAUUCAAGGCGAAGACAAUAAACUGGUGGUUCGAUCACCCCUUUAAAGAUUUGGUAUAUUCAUAUGAAGAUGAUAAAUCAAAAAAUAAUUUGAAGAAGGAAAUCCAUAACUUGUUGAAUAAUAGAGAUGAAAAGAACACAACCAAUUUGUACGAUAUAAAUAACGUAAAAGAAAUAAAUAAAUACCUGUGUGAAGUUUCUUUACCAAGAGCUGUUCUACAACUGAUAGAAAGAAAAUAUGCAUUUGGAAUUGCAAUUAAUCUAAUUAAUAUAAUAAUUAAAUGCAAAUCUGAAUAUAACACAAAUUCAUUGAAGAGGGCCGAUUAUUUCAGAAAAUUAUUUAUGAAUUUUGAAAAAAUAAAAUGGAAUGAAAAUAAGAGUAUACUAUACAUAGAAGAAACUUACAAAGUUGUAGAAAAUGAUGUAAAAAAAUGUAUUACCUGUUUAAUUGAUAUUAUUACACCAUACUUUUUUAAAAAUCAAGAAAUAUUAUUAGGUAUUCUAAAAGAAUUUAAAAAAUACUACAACAAAGUUUAUGCUAUUGUAUACAAUCUGGAGGAUUAUUUAUAUUUACUGAAAGAAAAAGAUAAAGAAAAGGAAAAACACAUUUUUGUAAACGAUGAUUUUGCCAAAAGUUAUUCAUACAGUUUUUCUUUCUCUGUUUAUCAUUCCAUGUUAUUCAAACUAGACGAUCUGAUAGAAAUGUUAAGAAAAUACUUGAGUCAGAAAGAUACUAUGCCCUCGAUGAUGUAUUCUCAUGCGUGUCAAAUGAAGAGUAACGUAAGUAAAGGAGGAAAAAACCAUUUGGACAGACCUUACGAGGAGCAUCAUGACAGAAGCAAAAGGGGAGAGGAUAGUAGCACCCGUGAAUGCACCAUCAGUGUAAACUUCCCCAGUGCAGAAGAAGAACUGGGUGAUGCACAUCAUGCGAGUAGGGAGAAAAUCGAGGAGGCGAGGGGACAAAACAAAAAAGACAAAAAUGAAGAAGAAGAAGAAGAAGAAGAAGAAGAUAAAAAAAAAAAAAAAGCUUACAAAAGAUAUCUAACGAUACAAAAUAAAAGUUUGAAAUACAUGAAUAAUAAUGAGACUGAGAGAAGAAUAAACAUAGAAGAAAUUGCAGACGCAUUCAACAUGUUUAUAAACGAUUAUUUAUACCUUCUUCUUUUACCCCCUUUAUAUUAUCACCCUUUGGCUCACGAAAUAAUUAUACAUAAACCUGAUAAGGAGUUUACAGAUAUUAUGACAAGAGAUAUAAAAACAGAACUUUUACAAACAUUAUGUUACACGAAUCCAUACAAAACUGGAAGCUUAAUGUGCACAUGUUGUUCUUUUCCGGAAAAUUUAUCAAACACAGAUAUUAAUACUAACAUAGUAGGGCAAGGGAAAAUAUACCUAAAUCCUUAUUAUGACAAUAUUUCAACGUUAGAAGAUUUAGUGAAUGUGUACAGAAUAUAUGAACGAUGCAACAAGACAAUUGAUCUCUAUAGUUUUUUCAUUCUUUUUUUGAACAUUAAGAUAGACGAUAAAUGUAUGGGAGAGUUUGAUGCGCGCGGAGAAAAGAAGGACCCCAAUUGGGGAAGAGACCACAAUUUAGAAAAAAAUGGCAAUCCCGAAAAAGAAAACAAUCUCGAAAAAGAAAACAAUCUCGAAAAAGAAGACAAUCUCGAAAAAGAAGACAAUUUCAAAGGUACAACAGCUCACAGACGUAGUGCACCAAAUUCAGAAACCACGCCAUUAUCACAAUCCCUGUGUACAGAAAUGCUGCAGGAAUAUUACCUUAAAUUUAUCAUUGCAGUUAACAGUUUUUGUUCUUUUUUUAAAAUUCUAAAACCUCCAAACGUGGCCGCCCUUUUAAAUUACACAGAAAAGUGCGAUUACAUUUCAGAUGAUGAGGUGGAAAAUGGUUAUCAUAAUAAGGAUGCCACCCAAAUUAAUGAACCAAAUGCAGUACAAUCCAUUGGAAAAUUCCUCUCUGAAAUUAAAAAAUCAUUACAAGGAUGUACUAGUAAGAAAUUGUUAUUUGGAAAAUUAUACUACAAUAAGACAGUUGUAUCCAGAGAAAUGCAUUUCCUCAGAAUGAUGAUGCAGUACAAUUCUGAUUUUAAGAUUGAAAUUGAGAAUGAACAUGGCACUAAUAAGAGGCCAAAAAAUUGA